AUGGAGGUCGCCGAAGGCAACGGCUCAGCGUCGACGAAGAGAAGAAUUCAUAGAGACAGAGAGCAGUUCGAAGAAGACAGAAGACUACAGGCCAACAACAGAGAAUUCAACGCGACGUUUGGCUAUCCGGACAACACCAUCAAGACCUCAAAAUAUAGUGUCUUCAACUUCCUGCCCCUGAACCUAUUUGAACAGUUCCAGAGACUUGCCAAUGCCUAUUUCCUCCUUUUGCUCUGCCUACAGCUGAUUCCCCAGAUCUCGUCCUUGGCGUGGUACUCAACUGUGGUACCCCUGGUGGUGGUGCUGUCCAUCACAGCAGUAAAAGAUGCCAUCGAUGACCUGAAAAGGCACGAAAGUGACAAUCAAGUAAACAACCGGCCAGUUCUGCUGUUGGUGGACGGCAGGGUGGAGGAGGACAAAUGGAUGAACGUCCAGGUGGGAGAUAUCAUAAAACUGGAAAACAACCACUCUGUCACGGCAGAUGUACUUUUACUCUCUAGCAGCGAGCCCUACAGUCUGACAUACAUAGAAACGACAGAGCUGGAUGGCGAAACGAACCUGAAAGUGAAGCAGGCCAUCUCGGUUACCAGCAAAAUGGAAGACAACCUGGAGUUACUGUCUGCCUUUGAUGGAAAAGUAAGUUGUGAGCCUCCCAAUAAUAAGUUGGACAAAUUCACAGGAAUACUGAUGUAUAAGGAGGAUAAGUUCCUCCUGGACCACGACAAGCUGCUGCUCCGAGGCUGCACCAUCAGGAACACAGACUGGUGCUACGGCCUGGUGAUUUAUACCGGGCCAGACACCAAGUUAAUGCAGAACAGUGGAAAGUCCACCUUUAAACGGACACACAUAGACCAUCUCAUGAAUGUCUUUGUGAUCUGGAUUUUCCUGUUUUUAGGUAGCAUGUGUUUUGUCCUAGCAAUUGGACAUGGCAUUUGGGAGAGGAAGAAAGGCUACUACUUUCAGACUUUCCUGCCAUGGGAAGAAUAUGCUUCCUCAUCACUGGUCUCAGCCAUCCUCAUAUUCUGGUCCUACUUCAUCAUUCUCAACACUGUAGUGCCCAUCUCCCUCUAUGUCAGUGUUGAGAUAAUAAGAUUGGGCAACAGUUACUAUAUAAACUGGGAUCAGAAGAUGUUUUAUGCACCAAGGAACAUACCAGCACAGGCUCGUACCACCACCCUCAAUGAGGAGCUCGGACAGGUCAAAUACGUGUUCUCCGACAAAACGGGGACCCUGACCCAGAACAUCAUGAUCUUUAAUAAGUGUUCUAUUAAUGGGAAGUUCUACGGCGCUGUCUAUGACAAGAACGGACAGAGGGUGGAAAUCUCUGAGAAAACAGAAAAAGUCGACUUCUCCUACAACAAACUGGCUGAUCCCAAGUUUUCAUUUUAUGACAAGACUUUGGUGGAAGCAGUGAAAACGAGCGAUUACUGGGUGCACCUAUUUUUCCUCUCACUCUCAGUGUGCCAUACAGUGAUGUCAGAGGAGAGAGUGGAAGAAACUGCUGUGAACAUCGCCUACUCAUGUAACAUAUUUGACGAAGAAAUGGAUGGAGUGUUUGUUGUGGAGGGCAAGGACGCUGAGACUCUUCUGAAGGAACUCAGGUCAGCAAGGAACCGGAUGAAACCCGAGUCUCUACUGAACACAGAUCCAGUCAACAUCUCUCUCACCAAGACCAAAAAGCCCUUCCGAAUACCUGAGGAGGAACCCAACGGCAACUAUGGCUUGAUCAUCAAUGGCUACAGUAUGGCCUAUGCUCUAGAGGGGAACCUGGAGUUGGAACUGCUGCGAACAGCAUGCAUGUGCAAGGCAGUGGUCUGGUGCCGGAUGACGCCCCUUCAGAAGGCCCAGGUGGUGGACCUGGUGAAGAGAUACAAGAAGGUGGUGACACUGGCCAUCGGGGAUGGGGCCAAUGACGUCGGCAUGAUCAAAGCUGCCCACAUUGGGGUCGGCGUCCGCGGCAGGGAGGGCGCGCAGGCCGUGCUCAGCAGUGACUUCACUCUACCCCAGUUCCACUACCUGCAGCGCCUGCUCCUGGUCCACGGCCGCUGGUCCUACAAUCGCAUGUGCAAGUUUCUCAGCUACUUCUUUUACAAAAACUUUGCCUUCACCCUGGUGCACUUCUGGUAUGCCUUCUUCAACGGCUUCUCUGCACAGACGAUUUACGAUAACUGGUUCAUCACCUUCUACAACUUGGUCUACACCGCCCUCCCUGUCCUGAGUCUGAGUCUCUUUGACCAGGAUGUGGAUGAUAUGUGCAGCCUGCGCUUCCCAGAGCUGUAUGAGCCAGGCCAGGACAACCUCCAUUUCAACAGGAAGGAAUUUGUAAAGUGUCUACUCCAUGGCGUCUACAGUUCCCUCAUGCUCUUCCUUGUCCCCAUGAAGACUAUUUGCAAUUCGAUGCGCAGUGAUGGGAAGGACAUCUCUGACUACCAGUCCUUCUCCAUGAUGGUGCAGACCUCCUUGCUCUGUGUGGUCACAAUGCAGAUUGCCCUGGAGACGACCUACUGGACCGUGGUAAGCCACCUGUUCACCUGGGGCAGCCUGGGCUUCUCCUUCUGCACCAUAUUCUUCCUGUACAGCGAUGGCCUGUGCCAAAUGUUCCCCAAUGUCUUCGGAUUCCUAGGAGUGGCCAGGAACACUCUAAACCAGCCACAAGCGUGGCUGAGUGUCACCCUCAGCGUGGCCCUUUGUAUGUUGCCUGUGAUCGGGUACAAAUUUAUCAAACCACUGGUCUGGCCUGUCGGCAUGGACAAGGCUUUGUUCAGGAUUCGGCAGUGCAUGAAGCAUCCGCUGCCACCCCCCGCCCGGGCCAAAGUGAAGGCCAUGGGCUCUCGACGCUCUGCCUACGCAUUCUCCCACAAGCAGGGAUUUGGGGCCCUCAUCACCUCUGGCAAGACCGUGAAGUCCAAGUCGGCCUAG